UUAGGUUAUUUAAAUAUUUAGAAAUCAGUUUAUUUAUAUAAGUUUAUAAAAAUGAGAUUAAUUUUUACUCUAUUGUUAUAAAUAGAAAUGAAUAUGAUGAAUAGUAUGAAAUUCUUUCGGAAAUUAUUGCAACACCCAUCAAAAACUACUACAUAUUGUACUACGAACGUUAAAUAUUUUCGUACAACACUAACUGAUUUACAUGGAGAAUAUGAAUGGUUGGAUCCAAAGUCGGAAGACGAAGUAGUUAAUAUAACGAUAAUAAAUAAAGACGGGGAGAAAUUCCCUAUAAGAGGGAAAGUUGGUGAUAAUCUCUUGUAUUUAGCUCAUAGAUAUCAAAUACCGAUGGAAGGUGCUUGUGAAGCGUCUUUGGCUUGCACCACUUGCCAUGUUUAUAUUCAGAGUAACCAUUCAGACAUUCUAGCAGAACCGACGGAAACUGAGGAAGAUUUGUUGGAUAUGGCACCAUUUCUGAAGGAAAAUUCUCGCCUAGGGUGCCAAAUUACGUUAGAUAAAAAUUUAGAGGGUCUAGUCGUCAGAUUACCAAAAGCUACAAGGAAUUUUUAUGUAGACGGACAUACACCCAAACCGCAUUAAUAAGAUAAUUUUUUUAAAUCGUAAUCUCAUACAUAUUGUAGAAAUAUACAUACAUUUUGUAAUUUAA